AUGCUUACCGACAAGUUUCCUGAGGGUUUGAGGGUGUUGGUCUUUGAUGAAGAUUUCCAAAAUCUACUUUCAUUGGAGAAAUAUCUCCAUGAUUUUCAUUACAAAGUGACUAGAUGCCAAGACGGGGAAGAAGCUAUGCGUCUACUGCGCAACCAUAUGAACAAGUUUGAUAUUGCUAUGGUAGAAGCACAAAAUUCAGUAGUGGAUAUAUUCAGAUUGAUAUCUGAAAUUGCAUCGGAAAUCGAUUUUCCAAUCAUUGUAAUAUCUAAAGAUGAUUCAGUUCAAUCAGUAAUCAACUGGAUUAAGAUUGGUGUUUGCGACUAUCUUAUUAAACCGAUAAGACCUGUAGAUCUACGUUUUAUUUUCAAACACGUUUUAAAGAAGAUGCAAAUAGAGAGAAGGGUAGAGUCAGACGAGAAUGCAGCCGCCGAGAAGUCAUCCUCUGUGGGAGAUUCCACGAUAAGAAACCCUAACAAGAGGAAAAGAAGCAUGUCCAUUGAUGGACAAGUGGGGGAAAAGAAUCAAGAUCAUGUUCGUGAUUCCACCACCAAGAAAAGGCGAGUAGUGUGGGACAUCGAGCUUAGGAAAAAGUUUCUGGAUGCAGUGGAAGACCUUGGCCCAGACGCGGUUCCUAAGAAAAUUUUAGAGAGGAUGAAUGUUGUUGGCAUGACGAGAGAAAAUGUGGCCAGCCAUCUCCAGAAACACCGGAAGAAAACUCAGAAGGAGAAAGAUGAUGAGAAGAACCAGUCUUUAUUAUCACCACAAGGAGGCAUGUAUAGUGGAGAAGGAUCAAACAAAUUCUACAGAGGAAGCAAUAUUCAAUUCUCAACACAACAUAUCAGCAACAUUCCACAACCUCUAAGACAUCAUCAGAGUUUGAUUUACAAUGAAGAAGAGGCUGAGGUUUCAAACUUGGCUUCCUUGUUCACACAAGGUUCCGAAGACAUGAGUUUGUCCCACUUACAUGAACCGGUGAUGGCAACUACAAUGCUUUCCAGUGAUAAUCAGCUAUUUCCCAAUCAACAACAGAUGAUGAACUUUCAUGAACCAUCCAUAUUGUAUACACAUUCGUUUCCAUCAUCUCUCACACCUGGUUCCUUUCUUGAUCAGAAAGAAACCACAAUGAUGAUGAAUGUAAGUGAAGAACUACAACAAUGGUUACCCAGUGAACAAGAACAGCCUAACCUAACUGAUGAGAAUAGGUUUUUCGAGAUUUAA